CUUCCCUCAACACCACCAUCAACUCCGAACGCGAUACGUCCAACCACGACCAGGAAGAAAACCAUUCGCUCUCUAUUCAACCUCAAGAUGGGGCAAACCAGAUUUCGCUUUCAUCGGCUACUUCCGACCUGUGGAAACAAGCGCUUGAAAAGCUGCAAGACGACCCGCGCAUGAAGACACUUCUUCGGAGCUUUCAAAAUGCUUUGUUGCAUGCAACAGACGAUUCAGAAAUCUCAGAUUGCGAUGAAGAAGGCCAGUCGCCACUCACUGAAAAUGACAUCACAGAACAUCUCCAAACGAUUGUCCAGGAAAAACUUGAAGCUCUUUCAAAAAAAGGCGAGGUGAAAAUUUUUACUCGCCGCGUCAAUGUCAAAGAAAAGGUUGUCAAGGCCGUGUCUUUUAUUCAAUCCACGCAAGGGUUCAUCUCAGCCGCUGUUGCUGCUGAUCCUCACGCGGCGCUGGCAUGGGCGGGCAUACUCGUUGUUCUGCCGAUCUUGACAAGGACAAUUACUGAGGAGACUGAUGCCGUCGACGGAUUCAAUCGUGUUUCGAAAAUUCUGGUUAGAUGCAGAGUCAUCGAGGAAAAUUAUUUUGCGCAUGCUAUAGGAACAAAGCCGAAAAGCAGCUCCCAGGCUCUUGAAGCUUCGGCCAGAGAAAGCAUGAUUAAACUGUAUGCCCGAAUCCUGGAGUACGAGAUUCGCUUCGCUCUGUAUCUGUCAAAGAAGAAACCCUGGCGUUUUCUCAGCAACCUCACGGUAUCUGAUGAUUGGAAUGGAAUCCUAAAGGAUAUUGACAGCAACCAAGAAGAGAUCCGAAAAGACCUGGAGGCAAUCAACAGCACUGAAUGGAAGAAUAUUGAGAAAAUGACAGACAAUUGGAACUCGAUUUCUCGGUCAUUACAGGAGCAAUUAAAGCGAAACGAAGAAGACCGCGAACGCGACGCCAAAAAUCGUCUCCGCGAUAGAUUGGAUUCAAUCCCAUUCGCACCCGGUGCAGCUUUCGAUUCAAGAGACAACCAACAUUCAACGUGCCUCGGAAAUACUCGGGUGGAACUUCUCGCAAUCAUUCUAGCCUGGGCGCAAUGCGAUGACGAAAAGGAAAUAUUCUGGCUAAAGGGAGUGGCUGGAACUGGAAAAUCGACAAUUGCGCGAACUAUCGCUGAGAAGCUCCACGCAGACGGAUACUUGGUUGGGAGUUUUUUCUUUUCAAGAGGCCAAGGAGAUCGAGGCAAUGCGAAAUUGCUCGUUACGUCGAUUGCCAAACAACUGGCGGAGCAAGAUCCACAUGCACGAAACUCGAUAUGCAACACCUAUCAGCAGGGAUUUACCGACAAAUCCCUGAGCUUUCAAUGGAAAGAAAUAAUUCAAAAGCCACUUUCUCAGGUAGAGGGGGAAAUAGGGCCCCUGAUCCUCAUCAUCGACGCUCUGGACGAGUGUGUCGAACCAGAGAUUUCUAGCAUCAUUAAGAUUUUCGCACAAGGUGAAAGAAGGCCCGGACAAACAUAUCGCAUCUUCAUAACGAGCAGACCGGAAACUGCGAUUCGCUUUAAUUUCCAGCAGAUAGACAGUACAAUCUUUUAUGAUUUGGCCCUUGACCAGACCCAUGAACCAGAGACCAAGAGAGACAUUCGCACCUACAUCGAGCAUCAUAUGCGGGAGAUUCGAGAAUCAAAGGGCUUGGGUGAGAGUUGGCCAAGGGAAGAUCAAAUAUCUGAGCUUUUGAAAAGAGCAGACCGGCUUUUCGUAUACGCUGCGGCGAUAUACCGAUACUUGAAAAGUGCCAAUGACCCUCCAAAAAGCCUGGAGAGAAUUCUCGAUACCAACACCCCUGACUCUUCGAUGAAAGCCCUAGACAAUGUUUACGCACAGAUUUUGGAGAAUUAUCUUUCAUGCGGGAAUUACGACGAGCUUGAUGACCAGAUACAACUAUUUCAACAAAUCGUGGGAACGAUCAUCGUUCUUUCAGAGCCCUUGUCCAUUCGUUCCUUGGCGCUUUUACUUGAUAUCCCAGAAUAUCAGGUGAGGUCUACUUUGAACCCAUUAUAUUCUGUCCUUGAUCUCCCAGAAGAUCCAGAGUCUCCAAUCAAGAUUUUCCACCAGUCUUUUCGCGACUUUCUAGUUCAAUCCGACAGGUGCAAUAUUGUCCACAAACCCACGGGGUCUUCAAUACGUCUUUGGGUCAACGAGCAGGAUAAACACCAAAUUCUGGUCUCAAGAUGCCUCGAAACAUUAACUAGAAGUGAUAGCCCUCUGCGGAGAAAUAUUUGUCGCCUCCCGAACGAUGGGACUUUGAGGACUGAAAUUGACGAUGCUACUAUUCAAGCCAAUCUUCCACCCGAGCUGCAAUACUCAUGUCGAUACUGGGCCAAUCAUCUUGAACAGAGUGGCCUUGUAAUCAAAGAUGGUGGGGAGACACACAAAUUCCUUGAAACACACCUUCUGCACUGGUUGGAAGCGAUGAGCAUUCUCGGGUUGAUUUCUGAAGCCGUUCUAUGCAUUGCAAAACUAGAGCUACCAGAGAAUGAUAAUAAAAGCGCAAUAACUGAAUUUCUAUCAGAUGCAAAGCGAUUCGUUCUGAAAAAUCGCGAAGUUGCUGAUCUUGCCCCUCUGCAGCUUUAUUCAUCAGCCCUAAUAUUUGUGCCAGAGUCCUGCAUUGUGCGGAACAUUUUCAAGGAUCAAAUCCCAGAACCAAUAAAACAGCUACCAAGGGUAGAACGGAGCUGGGGUGCCCUUCUGCAGACACUCGAGGGUCAUACAAGGCCUGUUAAUAGCAUUUCCUUCUCAACAGAUGGCCGUCGACUAGCGUCUGGCUCAGAUGACGGUACAAUUAAGCUCUGGGACACACCCACAGGUGCACUGCGACAGACAAUUGAAGACUAUGUUGACGAAUUCGGGAAUAUGACAGGCAUUACAGAAGUGAAGAGUGUCGCCUUUUCUCCAGAUGGCCAGAAGCUUGCGUCUGGUGGAAAUGGCUGCGUUAUCAAGCUCAGGGACCCAGUGACGGGCGCAUUCCUACAGGAUCUCAAAGGUCAUAUCAGUGAUAUUACCAGUGUCGCAUUCUCAUCCGACGGUCGACACCUGGUAUCUGGGGGAGCUGAUGAUACUGUCAGAGUCUGGGAAACAGCUACUGGCGCUUUGCUGCGCACACUCCAUGGCCACGCAGGUAUUGUCUGGGAUGUUGCUUUCUCAUGCGAUAGUGGACAGCUGAGUUUUGAUGCUGAAGAGCGCAGAGCUAUGCUAGCAUCGUGUUCAUGGGAUGGUACCGUCAUGCUCUGGAAUGGAAUCACCAGCAUGCCGCUGAAGACAUUGAGGGGCCAUGCUGGUAAUGUUCGCAGUGUGGCUUUCUCGCCGGAUUGCUCGCAGCUAGCAUCCGCGGGAGAUGACACGGCAAUCAGACUGUGGGAUAUAGUGACGGGCGAGCCACUUAAAACACUCUCAGGCCAUACAAAAAGAGUGAUGAGUGUUGCUUUCUCGCCAAAUAGUCGGUGGCUGGCCUCUGGUGGUGGCGACAACAAGGUUAUACUCUGGGACCUGAUGACAGGAAAACCACUUCGGAUAUUCACGGAGCAUACGAAUGAAGUCCAGAGCGUGACCUUCUCUCCGGAUAGUCAGCGACUUGCAGGUGGUUCGGUUGAUCAAACAGUCAGGAUCUGGGACAUCUCCAAAGACGCGCCUCAGGAAACGGUUGAGGGCCAUAGUGGUUCUGUCGCACACCUUGCCUUUUCAUCAGACAACUGCCAGGUAGCCACCUUUGCCCUUGAGGAUCCUUCAAUCAAGAUCUGGGAGACAGCUAGCGGCGCACUGCUCAAAACACUCGAGGCACAUGGUAGUUCAAUUCGGGAUGUUGCCUUUUCUCCGAACGGCCGAUGGAUAGCAUCCUGCGCGUGGAAAGGUCCCAUUGCAGUUUGGGAUUUGAAAAACGAUGAAUUUGUACAGAUGCCAUCAGAUUUCGAUGAUCAUGUUAGUAGUGUGUGCUUCUCGCGGGAUAGUAAGUGGCUGGCCUCUAGCUCAGGACAGCAAGAGAAAAACAUCACACUUUUGGAAACAGCAACAUACGCAUCCCCGCGUAUAUUGACGACUAGCCACACCGACGAGAUAUGUGCCAUGACAUUCUCUGAAGAUGGAAAGUGGCUAGCCUCCACCUCUAUAUACGGGACCAUCGAGCUGUUGGAGACAAGGGCGCACAAAACGAUCGGCACCAUCGAAACCAAACAAUUUUGGAUCCGUACUAUUGCCUUUUCGCCAGAUGGUCUAUGGCUGGCAUGCAGUACACACCAUGAAACUACAGUCUGGGACAUAAACACUACGACGCUGCAGAAGAGUAUAAAGAGCGAGCGAUACAACAGGUCGUUGCGCUUUUUAGAGGAUGGUACUUUAGAAACAGACCACGGAAUAUUUAACAUUGCCCACACAGACGCGAACGAUCCCGGUGCAUCUUCCAAAGUCCCGAGACAGAUUGGCGUUCAGGAUCACUGGGUGGUCUUUGGUGGGCAGAGGAUUCUUUGGCUGCCCCCGAAUUAUCGACAGUAUAAAUGGGUGGUUCGGGGUGGCUUGUUGUGUAUUGGGACUAGAGCUGGUCGUGUUUUCUUUUUGCGAUUGGACAUGCCAUAGCGUGUAUACCAGAUGAGAUACGUCGAUAGAUUGAGAUGUUCUUUAUAUGACACUAUUCUAAGCCCCGAUGUGGCUGUAUCUACUGC